AUGGCGUACAAAGCUGGCCCCAUAUACCCUUGUAACCCUGCUACGGCCAGGUCAGAAUCAACCAAACUCGGUGUAGAUCCCAAAGGUGAGAAGUUGAUAUAUACGAAUGGUAGAGCUGUGAUAAUACGAGAUCUCAACCAUACUGGAUUAUCUCACGCCUAUACCCAGCACACAAGAGCAGCUACAGUAGCUCGAUUCUCCCCUUCAGGUUACUAUGCCGCCUCAGCCGAUGUAUCCGGUGAAGUCAGAAUAUGGGAUGUCACUAAUCCCGAAAAUAACCUAAAACUCGCUAUUAGACCAUUGUCGGGUAAGAUCAAUGAUUUAGCAUGGGAUGGGGAGAGCAAGAGGAUCAUCGUUGGGGGCGAAGGUAAAGACAAGUUCGGCGCUGCAUUCUUCAUGGAUUCAGGAUCAUCAUGCGGUGAAAUCACUGGUCAUUCCAAGCCUAUCAACGCCCUGUCUAUCCGUCAACAAAGACCUUUCAAAGCUAUUUCCGGAUCAGAUGAUAAUUCUGUCAUUUUCCACUCUGCUGUACCAUUCAAAUACGAUAAGAUGAUCAAUACCCAUACGAGAUUUGUUAGGGAUGUUGCUUUCUCACCCAAUGGGGAUCUUUUCGCUAGUGUCGCAAGUGAUGGGAAGCUGUUUUUCUAUGAUGGGAAAACUGGUGAGACUAAGGGUGAAGCAGGAAAAGAGGGUGGUAGUUCCUUGAUGGCCUGCUCGUGGAACCCCGAUUCUCAAUCUAUUGCUACGGCCGGCGCGGAUGGUAUCGUGUCGAUAUGGGACGCAUCUUCACUGAAAUCCACUCAGAGCUACACCGUCGGCUCGGAUGUCCAAUCUCAGCAGAACGGAAUUGUCUAUGCCGGUCCCAAUUCCCUUGUAUCCAUCUCUUUGUCAGGUGUAUUGAACAUCUUCGAUACGAGAGAAUCCUCUUCGACCAAAUGGCGUACGUUACAUGGUGCUACCAAAGCUAUCACGGCAUCUACCCUUUCAGGUGAUAAUGAGAAAGAGGCUACAUUCUAUACCGGAUCUUUUGACGGUUCGAUCAAGAGGUUCGAUAUUGGCGAAAGCUACGGUGGAGACGAAGGUAGAUGCGACGAAGUGCAGGGCACGGGUCAUACAGCCAACGUAGUCGCGUUCAGCACAGAUGACAAAGGCAAGGUCUACUCGGCUGGAUGGGAUGAUAAAGUCGCUUCGAUCGAUGGUCAAUCUUUCUCAUCCACUUCGUUACCUAUCAAAGCUCAACCUUCCGGAGUUGCCGCUACUUCCAAUGCGAUCUACGUAGCCACCUCAUCAGGUUUGGAGGUGCAUCCAGCCGGUUCAAACUCUACUUCCUUACUAUCGAAGGAAACCGUAACAGCGGUUGCAGCACAUGGUGGACCGAACUCAGAUUUAGUCGCAUAUGGAGUAGGUAAGAAAGUGAUAUUGUCAUCUACCUCACCGGAAAAGGAAUUGGCUACGUUUGAAGAUAAUAAAGGAGAUGUGUUGUCUUUGAGAUUCACGAAAGAUGGAAAGUACCUAGCUGCUGGCGAUUCAGCAGGUAGAAUCAUUUUGGUUGAUGUAGAGAAGAAGAAAGUGACAGUCUCAUCAAGAUGGACUUUCCAUACGGGUCGGAUCGUAGAUUUGGCUUGGUCGAAGAGUGAUAAGCGCCUAGCAUCGGUUGGGUUGGAUGAGAAUGUGUAUAUUUGGGAUAGAGAGAAGGUAGCGAAGAAUAUCGCUAUCAAGAACGCUCAUCCUGGUGGUGUGACUGGGGUUUCAUGGCUGGGAGAUGAGAAGAUCAUCACAGCUGGUUCGGAUGGGAUAGUGAGAACCUGGACUGUACCUGCAUAG